AAGCCACAUAACAAAGUGAGGUGAAGAACGAACAGAAGUGGCCAUCUCAGUGGUUGCAAUAGAAAAUAUUUCACAUGAAUUUGGACAGAAGUUGCUUGAAUAUCUUACCAGCUUGGGCACUGUGGAUGAAGGCAACAUACACACUCAACAGAGAAAUGUCAUAUUGGAAUGCAACAAGUAAUCACACAGAAACUUCCCUCAUCAGGAACUCAAAUAUAACAAAUGAUCUUGGUUAUGAAUUCUCAAAUCCUAUAGUAGGAGGUGGCAGAUUAAACGGGAUGUUCUACAUUCUGAUCAGUAUUUCUGGGUUUACUGUCACCAUUGUCAUUUUAAUGGCAAUUCUGUGGACGAGGAAGUAUCGCACUUUGAUUCACACCAUUCGAGACCUGCAGGGUGUUGAGGGUCUAUCGGGCAGAGCUCCUCCAUCUAACCCCCCAUCUAGAAGUCCCCUAACCUUGAGGAAGUGUUUGGGGCAUGUGACAAGAAGCCAUCCCACACGAGAGCUUGUCUCUGUCACUCUGGGACAGGGGUCACAGGACACCAACUUAACCACUCCCCUUGAAAGGCAGACAACCAAGUCUGCUUCUCAGUCUCUCUGGAGACCACGGCAAACUGUAAACUUACUGUGUAGAAAAAGCAACGGUGUAAAAAAAAAAACAUUCUCAUAUUUGAAUUUAGCUGUGAAAUGGUGUAACAGUGUGGACUUAAUUUCCCAGGUUUCCUGCUUCAACACAUCUGGGCUAGGUCUACAGCAUAUCAUCAAAGCAGGGAGGGAAGGGGUGUACUACAAGGCUAAGGUGAUACGUGGCACAUGCAAGGGCCACUUCAUUGUCACCUGCAAGAUUAUCAAAGAGGGGGCUACUCACAGGAGAGUAGCCAGAGAGGUGAGAAUCAUGAGGAAGCUGGGUAUCCACAAGAAUGUGCUGCAGCUGCUAGACUGGAACAUCACACAGGCUCCUUACAUGCUGAUCCUAGAGUCGGUGAGCAGUGGGACACUGCGCAGUUUCCUUCAAGUGAAUCAAGACCAACUGAGCAGGGACAGUCAACUGCAACAUUUCUUCACCAUAGCAGCAUAUCACAUUGCCCAUGCCAUGAGACACCUGUGCUCUAAAAUGGUGGUGCACUGUGACCUAGCCCUGAGGAACAUUAUGGUGAACCAUUUUCCCAGAGAGGUGAAGCUGGCAGAGUUUGGACUGGCCCAAGACCUGACUCACAAAAGGAGCCAUCGCAGCAGCUGCAAAGUGGACCACAUGCAAAGUGUGCCCCUGCGUUGGUAUCCCCCAGAGUACUUCAGAAACAACUACUACAGCUUCAAAGGGGAUGUCUGGGCCUUUGGCAUUGUGCUGUGGGAGAUGCAAACAUUUGGGACCUUACCAUAUCCUAACCUGGAGGCUCCAGAGUUGGUGGUGCGCUAUGUUUGCUCUGGACAAAGGAACUCAGUCCCAGAGACAUGUAGGCCAGAGAUACUGCAGACGAUUAGGGACUGUUGGCUGGAGCCAAACACUCAAAGGCCCUCCUUCAACGACAUAGUCAGAGACCUCGAGAACAUCCUGGAGGAUGAUGAAGUACGUGUGGCUUCUUCCGUUAGCAUUCCUUCUGCAUCUCAUAUCCUUCUCUGUGGAUUCAAAUUAUUUAAGAGGCUAUCUGGGCAUGCAACAUUUGACCUUUUCAUGCAGUUCCUUGUGUUUGUAUAUUGUCUGCACUGCAGGAUUACGUCAAAGUGGACAACGGAGUCCCAAUGGCCAAUAUUGAAUUUGGCGACCAAGGUCAAAUCUAGCCCACUCUCCUUCACGGGGACUAAAUAUGUGUAAGUUACUUGAAGUAGCAUAACAUGUUUGGAUGUGCAUGUCUGCAAAAUCAUUUUUUCCCCCUUUACUUAGGAUAGUAGGCAGUGGUGUAAAGUACUUAAGUAAAAAUACCUUAAGUGCUACUUAAGUAGUUUUUUGGGGUAUCUGUACUUUACUAUUUAUAUUUUUGUCAACUUUUACUUUAAUCCCACAACAUUCCUUAAGAAAAUAAUGUAAUUUUUACUCCUUACAUUUUCCCUGUAACCCAAAAGUAUUCAUUACAUGUUUAAUGCUUAGCAGGACAGGAAAAUUGUCUAAUUCACGCACUUAUCAAGAGAACAUCCCUGGUCAUCCCUACUGCCUCUGAUCUGGCAGACUCACUAAACACAAAUACUUUGUUUUGAAAUUAUGUCUGAGUGUUGGAGUGUGCCCAUGGCUAUCCGCAAAUUUUUAAAACAAGAAAAUGGUGUUGUCUGGUUUGCUUAAUAUAAGACAUUUUAAAUGAUUUAUACUUUUACUUUUGAUACUUAAGUAUAUUUUAGCAACUACAUUUACUUUUGAUACUUAAGUAGAUUUAAAACCAAAUAGUUUUAGACUUUUACUCAAGUAGUAUUUUACUGGGUGACUAACUUUUACUUGAGUCAUUUUCUAUUGAGGUAUCUUUACUUUUAUUCAAGUAUGAAAACUGGGUACUUUUUCCACCACUGGUAUGACAUACUGUAGGUCUACUACAAUGAAACGAUAUAGAAUAAUGCAUCCUAAAAGGCCUACAGAUCCCCCUCAGGUACAAAUAAUAAGAACAUUAUUCACGUGAUACAGUACCUAACUGGUGCACAGGAUUUGGUUCCAAUGCAACAUUUUCAUUGUGUGUUAGAAAAGUUGUACAUGUCAUUAAAUAGGCUACAAUUGUUAGUGAUUUUGACUUUCUUUAAAUCAAUUUAUAUGUAGCAUAGCCCAGGACUCAGGGUUUUGUCCAGGGGUUCAUGCAAGAAUUCGGGUUAGGCCUACUAAGAUUUAUGGAUUUGAAAUAAAGGGGAGUAGCUAGUUAGCCAGCUAAGUUCUUGAAAAAAGACACCACAAACACUGCUUGACAGUCUAUAGACCCAGUCCCAUGCCUAUCUUUGGCAGCAGUGGGUAGUAAUGCUCUACAAGUAACAUGUACUUAAAGCUGCAAUACGUACCUUUUUGGGGUAACCCAACAGAAAAUCACAUAGAAAUGUGAGUUAUAGAUCUGUCAUUCUAUUUGAGAGCAAGUCUAAGAAUGAUACGUCUAAAAAGUGGUAGAUCUGUUCUUUGUGAGCUAUUUCUAUGCUCCCCAUUUUUUACUUUAGUUUUUGUGUCUUUUAUUUUUGGUUUUGUCCACCAGUUUCAAACAGUUGAAAAUACAAUAUUUUUGGUUAUGGAAAAAAUAUUUCACAGCGAUUCAGAUGGUACAAUGAUUCUCUAAACUAAACUUGUUUGUUUUGUCACAUAAAAUUCAAUUAGGCAAACUAUUAUAAUUUUAGCAACCAGUAAAUGGCAGAGAGAUUUCUGCAUAGUGCAUCUUUAAGCACAUUUUCCGGUUACAAAAAAAAGAUUUUGAAAUUGCAGUAAAAGUGCAGCAACUGCAGUCGACUGUGGUAUUUUGGACGCAGUAAUUUCAGAAUAACUGCAGUGUACUGCAGUUGAACUGCUGUUAAACUGCACUGAGACUGCAAUCUUUUUAAGUAAGGGUCACUAGUCACUAGUACUUUUCUAGUUACUCUCUGUGGGCUGUACUUGAAGUAGCAUGUUCCCGGGAGGGACAUUAUGUUCACUGUCAACAACUGGUGCUGGUUAUAGUGCUGGCAGGGUGAAAUAAUAAAUGAAUGUCAAAUCAAUUACA